CCUCAGCGGUCAUACAGAAUGUUCAGGUCUGCGACCUUUUUUUUGUGCAUAUUUCUUGCACUGGAUCUCCAUGGAUCCUUGACAGGAGCACAGGAUGGAAGGCGCUACGUGUGUCUAUUAUCAGACCCUUCGAAUCAGUGUAGUGCAUUCUGCGUUUCUGCACUGCAACCAGUGAUCGAUCACAUUACCAAGGAAAAGCAGGACUCAAAUAUCUGCGAAGUGAAAUUAAAUGAAGCCCUGGUGCAAUUAGAUCAGAUAAAAGGCCAGUUGAAUGCGACACAGACUCAAUUGGAAAACCAGCAGACAUCCCUUGAGGAAAAUUUGAAGAAGCUUAUUCCGCAGGACCUCGAUGAGAGGUUGAAUAGGAUAGAAGGCAAUCAGACAGCCCUAUCAAAUCAAGUGUCGGCUGCACAGAAAAAUACGGACAAUCAACUAACAAUAAUGCAGAAAGCACUCUCCAAAAUGGACAGAAAUAUCGUGCUGCAGAAUUUUGAACGGAUAGGCACGAGGCUAUUCUACAUUGAACACAAUUUAAGUGUGAAUUGGAGGACUGCCGAAAAAAUCUGUAUUGAGAUUGGCGGCCAUCUGGCAGCUUUCAAAAAUGAUCAGGAGUAUAACGCCAUCACUGCCAAACUUUCUAAGUCAAACUACUGGUUGGGCAUCAACGAUCUGGAUAGACAGGGCACGUUUAUAUCCUUGGCCUCCGGAAAACGAGCUCCAUAUUUGAGGUGGCGUUCAGAUGAACCCAAGUACAAUGAUAACACUCAACACUGCGCUUACAUAUUUAACGGCCGAAUGAUAGUUUUAUCUUGUGUAAAUGAUGUUAUGCAUUUCAUUUGUCAAGCAGAUGACGAAGUUUAGCAAAGCAAAAUAAAGCUUUAAGUGCUAAAAAACGCAGUGUUUGAUUAAAAAUAUUUUGGAUGGUAUGCUUACCUGUCAACAAAAAUGCUUUUGAGAUGUACCAUAUAGUUAAAAAAAAACUAAAUAAAAAAAAUCAAAUAAAUUUAACUUGUGAGUUUAUACCCGUUUGAGCAAAUAAAUGAAGAAAAAUUUUA